AUGGUGUUCGUCUCCGAAGGUCCGUCGGACUCCACGCCGCUCAAGCCCGGCAGCGAGUCGUCCGAAGCUCCCCCGCACGGCAGCUCAGAUGCCGCCGCGAGCCACGCGCCAGCCGCCGGCCAGCCCGCCUUUCAGUACACCCACCACCCGCACUACCCCCCCGCACGCGGGGCGUAUCCGCCGCAGUUCCCCCCUCCCCCGGGCAGCCCGUCCCCCGUGGUGGUGGUGGUAGCGCACGGGGCGAGCAGCGGCGAGUUCCCGCUGUUCUCCCCGACGCCCAUCCCCGGGCUCUACAUGCUGCCGCCGCGGGUGCCGCCCCGCGCGGACGAGGUCAUUCUUGGCUACGAGACCUGCGCGCCGCCCACGGGGUGUUGCGCAACGCAGACGCUGAGCGGCGCGGGGUGGGUGGCGACCAUCUUGUUGUUGCUCUUCUGCUGGCCGCUCGUCUGCCUGCCGUGCUGCAUCCCACAGCUUCACGAGAGGUGCCAGCGCCCCGUGUUCGGCUACCCCCCUGCUGCCCCCGCUACAGGCUUUCCCGCGACCCCCCUCUGA